GCGUAGUCGGAAGCAUCAUAUACACCCGGCGCAUCCACCGCAAAUUUCGUGACGCUCGUAACCAGCGAUAAUUCAAAAAGUGAAAUAUAAACAAACUUUAAAGGUGGAACAGGUGGCUUGAGGGUUGUUUUCUUAGUGCAUUUGUGAAGCAUGGUUGUGCCGCGUUGUGUGCCUGGGAUGUAGAUUAGAUGUCAGAGAGUGAAGAAAAUAUAAAAUGCAUCACAAAACAACAAUACUCGUAGCACCGGCUCUCCAAAACAGCAGCUGCUCGCAUCCCAGAUACACUGGGCUCAGCAUACUGGCAGGAUUAGGUCCUGGAGAAGUGAUUCAAGCACUGAUAGUCCUCUUAUUAACUGUUGGAGUGCUACUUGCAAACAUGUUGCUGAUAUUCGUAAUAAACAGCAGAAGAUACUCCAAAUAUAUCCACUCACAGCCCAGAUAUCUGUUGACCUCUCUGGCAAGCAACGACCUCGCAAUGGGAUUGUUCGUAACUCCUUUUGCUAUAGUUCCUUCGUUGAGAAACUGCUGGCCGUAUGGGGAAUUAAUCUGUCAAAUACAGGCCCUACUUCGAGGAGCCAUCAGCCAGCAAUCCGCAGUCAUCCUAAUUUGCAUGGCAAUGGACAGAUAUUUAUGUAUGCAGCAUCCGGCACGGUAUCACAAACAUUCCAGCAAGAAG